UCGCGGCAUCGACGAAACUCAUAGCAGCGUCCACUCCUUCAAUGUCACCAUUUUUAAGGUUCAGGAGCUUUCCCUUUCUUUCUCACUCUCACUCUCGCUUUCAUUCUUCCUUUCACAAUGUUGGUGAUGUUGUUUCCUUCUUCAAUCGCUUACUCCAAAUGCAACCUACCCCUUCCAUCAUCGAAUUUAACAAGAUUUUAACUUCCCUUGUUAAGACCAAGAAGCAUUACCCCAGCGCUAUAUCCCUUUCUCACCAGAUGGAAUCUCGGGGAAUUACACCAGACAUUGUUACUCUCAACAUCCUCAUCAAUUGCCACUGCCAUCUAGGUAAGAUUACUUGUGCAUUUUCUGUAUUGGCCAACAUUCUCAAGAGGGGUUAUCAGCCAACUACCAUCACCUUCAAUACUCUCAUCAAAGGUCUCUGUCUUCACGGCAAGGUCCCCAAAGCACUGCAAUUUCAUGAUGACGUGCUAGCUCAGGGAUUUCGGUUGAACCAAGUCAGUUAUGGAACCUUGAUCAAUGGGCUAUGUAAAAUGGGGGAAACAAGAGCUGCUUUGGAGUUGCUUAGGCGGAUUCAAGGGCGAGGGAUUAAACCUGAUGUGGUAAUGUACAGCACAAUCAUCGAUAGCCUGUGUAAAGAUAAACUUGUAAGUGAUGCUUGCAAUUUAUAUUCUGAAAUGAUUGUCAAGGGAAUAUCUCCUGAUGUUGUCACGUACAGUGCUUUAAUAUAUGGCUUUUGCAUUGUUGGUCAAUUGAAACAAGCAAUUGGGUUGCUAGAUGAAAUGACAACAAAAAACAUCGACCCAAAUGUUUAUACUUAUAAUAUAUUGGUCGAUGCUUUGUGCCCAGACAGAUUAUUAUUGCGUGAUUACUAUAACAAUAUACCUGGACUCUAUUUCUUACCUAAGCACAUCACUAAUUUAGGUGUUGAAGAUCACCAUGGACAUUUUGAGGAACCUCCAUCUGCGAUAAUUUGUUAUGGGAUGUUGAGUUCAAGAUCUAACACCUUUUCCUAUGGCAAUUGGAACAUCAAGGUCAUCAAUAGUAGCACUUAA